CCAGGAACCAUAACAGCGGUGAGCGUGACCGCGCGCACAGUCGCCUCUUUCACUGAAAAGCGCAGCGAACUCCCCAGAGGAUCCUCACGGAGCCGGGGACACAUGGGGGGCUCUCAGAGCGCGGAGUUCCCUGGUGGAGGCACAGAAGGGUACCACGUCCUCAGAGUGCAUGAGAACUCCCCUGGAAGGAAAGCAGGACUUGAGCCAUUCUUUGAUUUCAUCAUCUCUGUUUGUGACAUGAGAAUGAAUAAAGAUAAUGACACCCUGAAGGAGCUGCUGACUGCGCGUGUGGAGAGACCAGUGCAGAUGUUGGUGUACAGCAGUAAAACUUUGAGAGUCAGAGAGACCACAGUUACUCCCAGUACAGUGUGGGGAGGCCCGGGCCUGCUCGGGAUCACCAUCCGCUUCGGCAGGUUUGAGGGGGUCAGUGACAGUGUGUGGCAUGUCCUGGAGGUCUAUCCAAACUCCCCUGCUGCAGAGGCUGGUCUGAAGAGCAAUUCUGACUACAUCAUAGGAGCAGAUACAUCUGUGAUUGAGGGUGAGGACCUGUUCUCUCUCAUCCUGAAGGGGGAGGGCAAACAGCUAACGCUCUAUGUAUAUAACACUGACAGAGACGACUGUCGGGAGGUGGUCAUCACGCCUGACUGUGAGUGGGGUGGAGAGGGCAGCCUAGGUUGUAGCAUUGGGUAUGGUUACUUGCACAGAAUACCUACACAUCUUAACAGUAUUUCAUCAGAGACACCAAGUGAAUCCUUACAUAUACACAAAAAUGGCUUCACAGAGGUUCCCCUCUCUGGAGUCAUGUCUACUGUUCCUGUCCCUGUCCCUGUCUCUGUCCCAGUCUCUGCAGUGGACCUGCCCCUCACCAGUGUUAGUGUCAGUGCUGAGCCUCCAGCCUCUGUGAAGAGUCCCUCACAGACAGAUAUUCCUACAGUCUUGAUAUCAAACCAUGCUCCUUUAUCGGAUAGCCAUGCUCCCCAACUACCCGAUCUUUCUCCUCCUGACCAGUGCUCCAGUGUGACGCCCGAGGUCACGUCUAACGUCAGUCAUAAAGGCUCAGUAAAUAUCAACAUGUCUAUGGGCCUUUAGUAAUGGAAAUGCAAAACUAAAUUCCUCUGCUUUGAAGAUCACAACUGCUAAGUGUUACAGAGCAACUCUUAUAGGAGUUGGUGGCAGUUUGACAUUUUUGUAUACGGCUUAGUGUAAAUUAAGCAGUGAUGUUUAAUAUCUUUAUAGUAUACUAUGCAACUUGUUACAAUAUGGAAAGUUUACAAUUUUUUUUACAAUUAUACUACAAAUAAAAUGUAUUGUUGAAAUUAA